AUGCCUGUGCGGAAAAAGCAUGGUCCGUACGAUAUCAUCGCUGACGAUGUCUACGACUGCCGUAUUCCACUCCAUAACGAGCUCGCUUAUCAACAUGGUAUCCAUUUCGAAGCAAAGGUGAGUGAAUCAGAGUUUUCCAGGAAAAAAUAUUGUCGAAUGGCCCCGAGGGGAUGGAUUAUCUUUGUCUUCUUGUCGACAUCUUUUUUGGUGUUUCAUCAAUUCGGCGUGAGAACCAAAAUCACCAAUUUUAAGUCGGAUUUGGACAUUUUGUUUUUGCAAAACGCAGAGCGGCGACAACUUGAACUUUUGUGCGAUUCGCUGAAUUGAAUUACUUUCCAGUCGAAUAACAAAAGACCAGACAGCAUCUGACGUUCUAAAGUACGUUUUUCAUUUUUCAGUAUGUCGGAAGCAUGGAAAUUCCGCGGCCCGGAACGAGAAUUGAAAUUGUGGCGGCGAUGCGACGAGUUCGAGUUCGUUUUUUGCACUAUCGGUAAAAAAGUGAUUUUCGAAUGUUUCAGUACGAAUUCAAAGCUCGCGGCAUCAAAAAACGUCCGGUCGACAUUACAGUAUCGGUCGACGGCGUCAAAGUUGUUCUUCAGCGCAAGAAACAAAAGGAGAAGGGUCUUUCUUGGGACGAGUCCAAGUUGCUCGUCAUGUUCCAUCCAAUCUACAGGUUUCUACACUUUUUUCUAGACAAAAUGAAUAAACCGGGAAUUUAGAAUAUUCUACGUCUCGCACGACUCCCAGGAUCUUCAAAUCUUUUCGUACAUUGCCAGAGACGGAGCCAGCAACACGUUCAAGUGCAAUGUAUUCAAGUGUUCCAAGAAGGUCAGUUCUACCGCAAUCCAAGAGCACUUAUCAAAAGAUUGA